AUGAAGUCGUUUUUGUGUAUUCUGCUAACAUCAUUAAUUUGGUAUACCAGUGGCACAAAGGACUUCUUUUAUGGGAGAAGAGUAGGCGGAAAUUUGCCUCCACCCGAUAAUGUUCCAAUUUCGAGAGCUAUAACCACUAAAUAUUUUGACCAAAUCUUGGACCAUUUCGAUCCCACCAAUCAACAAACAUUUAAACAGAAAUAUUUUGUAAAUGAAGAAUUUUCCAAUAAAGAGACCAGAAACGUAGCUUUCCUAUUUAUUGGUGGAGAAAGUCCUGCUUCAUUAAGUUGGAUGAGUUCUGGAUCUUGGAUUAAUUCAGCUACAGAAUACAAUGCUCUAUGUUUCAUGCUAGAACAUAGAUAUUAUGGUGAAAGUCAACCAUUCAAUGAACUAACUACAAAAAAUUUAAAGUAUUUAACCAGUCAACAAGCUAUAGAUGACUUAGCCACAUUUAUUGUAGCUAUGAAUAAAGAAUACGCUCUAGCAAAAGAUGUGAAAUGGAUAGUUUUUGGAGGUUCUUACGCUGGUUCUCUUGCUGCUUGGCUGAGACAAAAGUAUCCUCACCUGGUUCAAGGAGCGGUUGCUUCAAGCGGUCCUUUACUAGCUAUUGUAGAUUUUAAAGAAUACAUGAAAGUUGUUGCUGACGACUUAGUGAACCUGCAUAGUCAAAACUGCGCCAACACAGUACAAACCGCAUUUCAACAACUGGAAAAUAAUUUAGGAAACUCUACAAUUGAUUCUUUAUUUAAAUUUUGUACACCUUCAUCAAACAGUUUGAAUAAUACAAUGGAUAUCGCAAAUCUUUUUGAAGCAAUAGCUUACGGUUUUGCCUCAAUUGCACAGUACAACAGUCCAAGAACAGCAGUUACCAUUAAUUAUUUGUGUGAUUUGAUGACAAAAAACUCAAGUCAAACUGAAUUGGAGAAAUUAGCGGUUGUUUCUAAAAUAUGGUAUGGGAAUAGUUGUAUAGAUUACCUUCAUGUAAACAAUGUCAAAUAUUUACAAAAUUCUAUUUUAACUGGAGCUGCAGUCUCCAGUGGAAUGAGACAGUGGAUGUACCAAACUUGUACGGAAUUUGCUUUCUAUCAGACAUCCACGCAAAAUACACCAGUGUUUGGAACUCGAUUUCCGAUUGAAACAUUCGUUCAAUUAUGUGCCGAUGUUUAUGGAUCAGAGAUCGAUGCUGCUUACUUAGAUAGAGUUGUAGCAAGAACGAACAGAAUUUAUGGUGGCUACAACAUUAAACACACAAAUGUCGUACAUGUGCAUGGCAGUGUUGAUCCGUGGCAUCCUCUUGGUAUAUAUGAGACGACUGACGAAUCUGUUUCAGCUAUUUUAAUCAAUGGUACUUCGCACUGUUAUGACAUGUACGGGACCCACAUUAGUGACUCUGUUGAAUUAACAUCUGUGCGAAAAAUCGUGCAUGACUUAAUAGGAAGUUGGUUAACUGAACAGCCUGAUCCAGAACAUGACACCGCUAAUAUACUUAAUGUUAACAAGAGUUUCAUUUGCAGCGUACUUUUAAUUACAUUACUAUUUCAAGUGGUGAAUUUCUGAAUAAAGUGUGCU